AUGUCGGUGGCGUUUGCACCUCACAGGCAGCGCGGGAAGGGUGAUAUAACACCCGCUGGAAUACAAAAGUUACUUGACGAAAACAACCAGCUGAUCCAGUGUAUAAUGGACUUCCAGAGUAAAGGCAAAACAGCAGAAUGUUCACAGUAUCAACAGAUGCUGCACAGAAAUUUAGUGUACCUGGCCACGAUAGCAGACUCCAAUCAGAACAUGCAGUCUCUCCUCCCUGCUCCGCCCACUCAGAACAUGCCCAUGGGCCCUGGUGGGAUGAACCAAAGUGGACCCCCCCCUCAGCCACCUCACGGUCACAACAUGGCCUCUGAGGGUAUGGUCAGCGGUGGCCCUCCAGCCCCACACAUGCAGAACCAGAUGAAUGGACAGAUGCCUGGGCCUAAUCACAUGCCCAUGCAAGGUCCCGGUCCAGGCCCCAACCAGCCCCCAAACAUGCCCAGUGGCUCUAUGAAUAUGCCCCCCAGCAGCCAUGGCUCGAUGGGUGGUUACAAUCACACCGUCCCUUCUUCCCAGGGCAUGCCAGCUCAGAGCCAAAUGAACAUGACCCAGGGCCAGCCCAUGGGAAACUAUGGGCCUCGGCCAAACAUGAACAUGCAGCCCAAUCAAGGGCCCAUGAUGCACCAGCAGCCUCCCUCUCAGCAGUAUAACAUGCCUCCUGGUGGUGGCGGACAGCACUACCAAGGUCAACAGAACCCAAUGGGCAUGAUGGGCCAGGUCAGCCAAGGGAACCAUGUCAUGGGGCAGAGGCCAAUGCCGCCUUACAGACCCCCACAACAAGGACCCCCUCAGCAGUACCCAGGGCAGGAAGACUACUAUGGAGACCAGUACAGUCACGCAGGACAGGGAGCCUCAGAAGGUAAUGCCCAGUAUGGCCAACAGCAGGAAGCAUACCAGCAAGGCCCUCCCCAGCAGCAGGGCUACCCUCCCCAACAGCAGUACCCGGGUCAACAGGCCUACCCACCACAGCAGCAGGGUUAUGGUCCGUCCCAAAGUGCCCCAGGACAGUAUCCUAACUAUCCUCAGGGGCAGGGACAGCAGUAUGGGGGCUAUCGCCCUCCUCAACCUGGACCCCCACAAGCCCAGCAGCAACGCCCCUAUGGCUAUGACCAGGGGCACAUGAGGAAAUAAAGACCCAGGGAUUUGAACCCCUGACUAGCUCUGUAAGAAGCAAAGGGCCAGUAUGGAAAUUACCAGCAAUGAGAGAUGGUCACAGCAACCCACACAGCUCUGUCUGAGCUUUGACCUCUGGUCAACUGCUAAGCAGAUAUAAAUGAUGGUUGUAGCUCACUGAGAUGCACUCAGACAUGAACAUACAACACUCAAAAAUACAAGAUACAUUUUCCCCUCUUAUCUUUGCCUAUAAAAUGUAUUCUGUUCAUCAUGACUUGAUAAUGUCAAAGUCCAUGACUCACCCUCUGGUCCAGUAUGUCUCAAAGCAGCAAUGCCUUAAAAUGGAACUGCCUUAUCCUUUAGCAUUGCAGAUUGUGAAACAGGCUAAAACAUUUUGGAUAUCAGAGAUGAUUUUAAAUGUACAGUUUCAAUCUACUGUGGUGCAUUGUUACUCUAUCCCUCAGCUCCUUGUUCAUAAGAAGCAAUAAUGCCAGCAGUAGGGAAAUGUGUGGGGGCUUAGAGAUAAAAUAAUGCACCAGACAAACUUCCCGCUAGGCCAUGGUACAUGUCUUGAUGUAUGUGAUGAUGUAAAAAUAUAUUUUAUGCUUUUUAGAUCAAGCUAACUUUGUAUAAGACAUUGGAAACUAGUACUAAAGCUGUGUUGUUUAUUUCAUAAAGUGUAUGUGUCAAUGUUUUUUUAAAAAAUAUCUUUAAUGAUGAUCCCAUCCAGCACAUUUUGUUUAGUUUUUUGUGUUGAAUUGUAUAACUAUUAAAUUGGAUCUGCUACUUGUGACAUGGAGGCUAUGAAUUAUUUGUGUAAAAAUGAAAAAUGAAUUACAAUUGAAAUUGGGCGAAGGACGAAUACGAACAGCAUACGUGGAAUUAGAUAAUGUUUAAUGUCUGAAAACACAUGAAACAAUUGCUGUUAUGUGUUAAGCUGUGUAUUAAAGUCAGUGAAAGAAUAUAUACCUUUAUAUUUUUUUUAACCACAUUACUUGACAGAAUGAUGGCCAUUAGCUUUUAUUUGACAUAUGUAUCCAAAAGGGUGAUAUGUGGCAGAUACCACUGCAAAUUUUAAGUUUAUGUUCUCUGAAGCCUGAUUGUUAGUAUUGUUUUUCUAUACAAGCACCUCAGUCUUGUCCAUUGACUGCAAAUUGGUGAAUGGGAAAGCUCAAACUUGGUAUAACAUAUUUCUGACAAGUACCUUGUCUUGUUGAUCUUGACACUGCUGGAAUCCCCCUUUCCCUUUGAUAAACGUCUAAGUUGAUGUCAUUCUAAAUAGUGUUGUGUGUGUGAAUACUAAAGUUACUGUCAAAUAUGUAACAUAAGAUGUGAAAAUAAUGUUCUGGAAUGGAUUCCUUAAUUUCGCAGUAAAGACUGGUUGUGCAGUUUUAUAUCACUGGCUUGAUAUCUGUUUUAUGGUGCAUACUUUAUUGGUCCCAUAUGUACAGCGGCAUAAGGAAGAGGAAUUCAUUGUCCUCUGAUAUUGUUUAUAUGGCUGUUUUAAUAUUUUGCAUUCUGCACCCCAUCAAAGUGGUCACAUUUGUGUCAUGGCAAUGUAUAACUGUACAUUACAAUAAAUUGGAAGAAUCUUUAAUA